AUGGGAAAUAGCCCGUCCAAAGAACCCCUAAAUAGUCAGCAUACUUCGAAUACCUCGCAACCCGGCUCGGGCCUGGGAGUCGCCGAAGCGACCCACGACGCUGAUGAAAAGCCAAACCUAUCGCGUAAGCGAUAUUCAAAUCCAAAGGCAAUAAAUAUUGGCCCCAGCCAAUCUCGCAAAUCUACUUCCUCCUAUCAAAAACUGGACAAACAACCCACGCCUCCUCGCCGUGGCUCAAGCAAUCGCCGCACAGGAAACCUCGACAAGCAAACGAUUAAUGAACUCGAUCUCGAAAUCGGUGCCUCCAUGGCGCAGCUUCUCAAAAACACCCCCGUGUCAGAGCCUCAUUUAUAUCUGCUGAGCGUUGACACCGUGGCCCUGACGCUGCCCGUAUUCACUACCAUAGACUCCAAGGAUGACGACCUGUUGUCGCUGUUUUCUAAUUCUCCGGCUACUGGCAAAUUCAUAGACCCAGACACUACUGUGACCACGAAUGCUGCAUCCACCAAGUCAAAGUCUCGUGAAGCCCGCGAUGAAGAAACUAAAGACGCUAAAAAGCGACUGACUACGAAAAAAGAUUCUCGUCGUGCGGGUCAGAAGCCAACAACUCGCCGAGUUUCAAGUAGUUCGUCAAAUCUGCUGGGUUCGGGACUGCCUCCAUUGGUUCCUACCUCUCGAAAGUUGGAUAUCGACAUCGACUCAGUUAUUGAUCGUUUAGUUGAUGUAGCUUCCAAAAAGCAACCGUCUCAACUGCAGAUGCGUCGGGGCAAGGACAAGCUUCCUGUGACUCAUCAAGAAAUGAAAUACAUCUUGGCUAAGCUGCGUCAAAUCUUUUUGGAUCAGCCAACGCUUUUGCAAUUAUCUCCGCCAGUCAAGAUUGUUGGUGAUAUUCAUGGUCAGUUCCAUGACCUUAUUCGCAUCUUCAACUCUUGUGGAUUUCCGCCUCAAACUAACUAUCUAUUCUUAGGUGAUUACGUCGAUAGGGGUUAUAAAUCCUUAGAGCUGAUUUUGUUGUUGUUAUGCUUCAAGAUUAAGUAUCCAGAGAAUUUCUUCAUGUUGCGAGGUAAUCAUGAACUGGCGAAUAUCACUAAAAUCUAUGGGUUCUAUGAUGAGUGCAAACGAAGAUUACCUCCAAUCUCGGGAAAUCAUAAAUUGUGGAAGAGUUUCAUUGACGUUUUCAAUUCUCUUCCAAUUGGUGCUACCAUCAACAAUAAGAUUUUUUGCAUUCACGGGGGUUUGUCUCCUGAUCUUCAUGACUUGGCUCAAAUCGAGCAAAUCAAGAGACCAACUGAUAUACCUGAUAAAGGUUUAUUGGCAGACUUACUUUGGCUGGAUCCUGAUCCUCAAAUUAAGAACUACAACUCUACUACGUGGCCGAAGAACGAUCGAGGAGUUUCAUACUGUUUCGGGAAACGUCACGUCGACCAAUUUUGCCAACAAUUCAAAAUGGACUUGAUUGUUAGAGGCCACAUGGUUGUUGAGGAUGGCUACGAAUUUUUCAACAAGAGAAAGUUAACCUCCAAGAAGUCCAAGGCUGCUAAGAAGUUCGUUGUUGACUGCACCGCCCCCAUUGAAAACGGUGUCUUCGACCAAGAAGCCUACAUCAAGUACUUGACCGAACGCAUCAAGGUUGACAACAUUGUUGGUAACUUGGGUGAUGACAUUACCGUCACUGCCGAAAACAACAAGGUUGUCGUUGUCUCGAACACCAAGUUCUCGGGUAAGUACCUCAAGUACUUGACCAAGAAGUUCUUGAAGAAGAACCAAAUCAGAGACUGGAUCAGAUUCGUCUCGGUCAAGCAAAACCAAUACCAAUUGCAAUUCUACAACGUCGCUGACGAUGAAGAAGAAGAAGAAGAUGAAGAGUAA